GAUAACCGCCCAGAUGACUGUACCAGGAACUUAGAGAAACAUCUGGUAUCUUCAGAUUUUGAAGUAGAUGAUCGUGGUAUAAUACAAGAUAUAUAUGAAGAGCAUGCUAAUAUCCAAGAUAUAUCUUCAACCAAUCACAGCAAAAAUUUAUUUGAUCCUUUUAAACUGGUCCGAUCUUCUGAUUCAUCACAGACUGUAACACAGAAUAAAAGUCACAGAAAAGAUGUUAAACAUCAUACAGCUCACUUAAGAGGGAAGCCAUUUUCAUGCUCAGAAUGUGGAAAAUGUUUUAAGUAUAAAUCAGCUCUUGAUAGACAUCAUAGAGUUCACACCGGGGAGAAGCCAUUUUCAUGUUCAGAAUGUGGAAAAUGUUUUAACAGGAAAUCAAAUCUUGUUACACAUCAGAUAAUUCACACAGGAGAGAAGCCAUUUUCAUGCUCAGAAUGUAGGAAAUGUUUUAGGCAUAAAUCAGCUGUUAUUAUACAUCAGAGAAUUCACACAGGAGAGAAGCCAUUUUCAUGCUCAGAAUGUGGGAAAUGUUUUAACAAUAAAUCACAUCUUGUUGUACAUCAGAGAGUUCACACAGGAGAGAAACCAUUUUCAUGCUCAGAAUGUGGGAAAUGUUUUAAGCAUAAAGCAGCUCUCAUUAUACAUCAGAGAAUUCACACAGGAGAGAAGCCAUUUUCAUGCUCAGAAUGUGGAAAAUGUUUUAACAGUAAAUCACAUCUUGUUGUACAUCAGAUAAUUCACACAGGAGAGAAGCCAUUUUUAUGCUCAGAAUGUGGGAAAUGUUUUAAGUAUAAACAAGAUCUUGUUGUGGUCCUGGACCCCAGUCACGCCGUCGCCCUUGGGGCUAUUGAAACUCCGCCGUGUGAGCUAGAAGUCCGCGACAAUAGUUAA